AUGGCGUGGGUGCGCAUGCGGAGGCCCCCGCUGCUGCAGUACAAACUGCUCUGCCUCUCGCUGCUCUACCUCCUCACCACGCUCCCGCUCGCGCUCUACGUCUCCUUCUCCGACCCGUCGCGCUGCCUGCCCCUCCACCGCCUCCUCCUCCUCCCCGCCCGCGCCUCACCUCCGGCGACGCCGCUCUUCCAGUACCCGCGAGGCUACGGCGCGCACAAGCACGCCCUCCCGACCCCGCGCGCGCUCUGCGCCGACCCGGCCCUCUUCUCAGAUUAUAACACCGUUUUGCAAGAGAUCAAUGGCAUCGGCCGCAACCUCUCGGCGACUCCUCGUGCAUCCCCUGCUUUGCGGUACCAGAACGGCAGGAGGGACUCGUUUGCGGGAAAUUUGUCCAUCGAGGACCGAAGAUCGUUCUUCAAUCACACGGACAGCAGCGCAGUGGAAAUCCCCUGUGGAUUCUUCAAGGACUUUCCGCUCGCACAAGCCGACAGAUUGGCCAUGGAGAGUUGCCGACGUGUGGUGAUCGCCUCGGCAAUCUUGAACGACCACGACAAGAUCCGGCAGCCCAAGGGGCUCGGGUCCCAUACAGUCAAGGCGGCGUGCUUCUUCAUGUUCAUCGACGACGGUACCCAGCGGGUCUUGGCGAGCCACGGCAUCCUGAGAGACGAGCAUGUCGGGACGGCCAGCGCGGUCGUCGGCGCAUGGCGCGUGGUGACGCUGAAGCAACAGGAGCUCCCCUACGAGCACCCCGCCAUGAACGGCGUCGUGGUGAAGCACCUGCUGCACAGGCUGUUCCCGAACGCCAUGUUCAGCGUCUGGGUGGACGCCAAGAUGCAGCUCACGGUGGACCCGCUGCUGCUGGUGCACUCGCUCCUCGUUGGCAAGGGCGUGGACAUGGCGGUCUCCAGGCACCCGUUCAACCUCCACGCCAUGGAGGAGGCGAUCGCCACGGCGCGGUGGCGCAAGUGGCGCGACGUGGACGCCAUCAGGGCGCAGAUGGAGGCGUACUGCGGCAACGGCCUGCAGCCAUGGUCCCCCAGCAAGCUCCCAUAUCCUUCAGAUGUGCCGGACACGGCGAUCAUCGUCAGGAGGCACGGCUCGGCGAGCGACCUCUUCUCCUGCCUGCUGUUCAACGAGCUGGAGGCGUUCAACCCGCGGGACCAGCUGGCCUUCGCCUACGUGCGGGACCAGAUGAGCCCCAAGGUGAGCAUCAACAUGUUCGAGGCGGAGGUGCUGGAGCACAUCAGCGUCGAGUACCGGCACAACCUGAAGCGCGAGAAUGGAGGCAUCGGCGGAGGCGGAGGGGCGAAGCAGGGGAUCGCCAGGAUGGCGUCCUCGCGAGAUAUCGCCGGGAGCAGCUGCGAGGGGUACCUCAUGAAGAUGUGGGGGGAGCCUGCUGAAUAA